AGCGAAGAGAAAGACAAAAGAGGCUGGACUAUACUUCGCUAUGAGUGGAGGCAAUGAGGCUGAAUACCUGGUAGAAGAACUGGCUGACGCUAAGCUGCCACCAAAGGCAGAGGUCUUGGCCAUCUUAGAGUCCCUGACCCUCUCGUUUCUGGGAUCUCUCGCUCGAGGAGAGGACCCUUCAUUACACCUGACAAGUCGCAGUGGUAAGAAUGUGGUGAGAGACGACCUUGGCCGCGUGCAUCUCGGGAAAACGAAGACAGUAAAGAAAUUGUUCUCCAGAGGUGGCACGGAGAGAUUUGUGAAGAUCUGGCAGGUGCUGGAGUUGGUCCAGAGACUGCUGCAGGAAGACAAGAUGGCCACCCAGAGAGAGGCCUACUACUGCCUGGUCAACCACUUCAAGGACCAGGCCGAGUUCAACAGUACACUGCAGGAUGUGGUGGCCCUCACUGGGUGUGCACGGACGGCUCUGGGCAUUUGUGCCAGCAGUUCAGGAGCAGUGGCUGGACUACUCACCUGGCAGGACGAAGGAGGUGAACCAAUUGAUUGCUCAACAGGCACAAGUGGAAAGAGGAUCCCAGGUGUUAUCGAGGGAGUGAGGUUUGAGUGUCUCGGGGCACGCUACAUCCUGAUUGUCGAGAAAGAUGCCGUCUUCACCUACCUCUGUGGCCAGAGAAUCUGGGACACCCUACCCUGCGUGGUGGUGACCGGCUGCGGCUACCCUCCCCUCAGCGUGCGUGCAACGGUCAAAAAACUCUCUCAUCAGUUCUCCCUCCCCGUCCUGGGUCUGUUUGACUAUAACCCACACGGACUCCGCAUCCUACUCACCUACAAAUUC